UCUGAGAGAAACCUCUCUGAGCAUCCGAACCGGCCAGACCAGCUGCUGCUGAUGCUGCACUAGAUAGCGGCAUAACUGCAUCUCCAGAGACCAUUACUCUGAGAGAGAUGGAGCCUGUCACUAUCCCUGUUGCAGAGUUUGAGGGCGUGGACCUUGUUGAUCAGCAUCCAGAAAUGAUUGACUUCCUCAUGGGUCAAACUGAUCACUUUCCAGAAGGAGAACCGGAGAUACCGAGAGAAGAAGUGACACCAGGAGAGGAAGAAAUGGAGAUGGAAAGAGGUGGACGAGAGGGAGACCCAGAGAGAGAGAGAACCAAAGAGUUCACAGGAUCCGCUAUUGAUUUACAGCCCACCAUUCUCUCCAGUGAAGACGCCGUGUUGUUGCCUCAGGAAGAGCCAGGCCUCUCCGUGAACGAGAUGCCUGGACCCCCCACAGAACAAUUGACCCCAAUCUCUACGCCCGUCCACACCUCCCCACCAUCACCACCAGUGGCAGCACCAGCAGCGGCAAGGGAACGUGAAAGACUAACUCUGGAGUUAGAGGACGUGCCUUCUCCUGAGGUGAGAACCCGGAGGAGGAGGAAGAGGCAGCUGAUCUUCUUCGACCCGGAGACACAGCUCUCCGAGGGGGUGCUGCAGCAGCAGAUCAAUGACCCUGAGAUCGAGACCAGACGUCUGUCUCUCCUGCCGCCUUCCUCUCACAGGAUGCUCCCUGCUGCUGAGCUCCUCAACAACCCCUGCACCUUCUUGCCUGAAGAGGUGCAGUUUCUAUGGAGACAGGCUGCAACCGUGACGCCUGUCUCAGGCUCGGACCUGCAGGUCGGGGAGAGAGGCCCGGAGUCUACCGACUCUGAAAAGGAAAGAGAGCGUGAGAUGGUCGAGGCGGCUGAAAGAGAGUUGGAGAGACUUGAGUUCAGCCCCAAGGAGGUCCCCAGAGAUGUGGCAGAAUCAGAGAUGUUUGAUAUUUCAGGCCAUGGUUCACUGCCACUGGAAGGCUCUGAUCAAAGGGAGGUGUCUCGAGAGAUCUCCCCCAUGUAUACAUCCGAGAGAGAAGGGUCCCUUGUGUCCAGGUCUGUUUCUGCACUGCAGGACAUCCCGGAAGUGAUGGACGAGUUGCCGGAAAGAGAGACCUCUGAGCUGCUGCCGGAGUUGGCCGAGCACGAAGACGAGACAUCUGUGCUUUUCCAGUCUCUUCUGCCGCCAGAGGUCGACCGCAGAACUGUCAGCAACAUUUUUCACAGGCUCCUGGUGGCUUUAUCGGCCAAGAAGGUCAUCGCGAAGCAGGAUGAGCCUUAUGGUGACAUACACAUUGUACCAGGGCAAAAAUACGAAGAAGAAGCACAAGAAGAUCUUUCUUCAGACUGACAAAAGAUUAUUUGAUCAUUGAUUAUUGUUUCUGACAAUUCCUAUGUUCACUUUCUAAAAAAAAGAAAAAAAAGAAACAUAUCUGGAUUAAAACAGGAUAAAAAAAAAAAAGUUAUAGAAGUCAAAUGUUUUGUUGCUGAUCACUUGUCUUGUUGACCUGUUUGAGAUUAUUUAAAGUUUUUUAAAACAUUUUUUACCAGCAUUGGUCCAUUUUUCUGCUGUGACCAACUUUAUGAGAUCUCAGAUGAAUAUUUUAAC